AGAAUGUGUGAUGAUUCCCGUUAUAUUCUAGAUGAGCUAUUUGGCAAAGAGAGAAAUGUUGUAGCUAGUAAAAGGAAGAAUGAUGCUCACUAUUGGAAUGAAGAUGUGUGCAAAAAUAUCUUGGUUUCUAAGUGCUUUAACGACUUAUGGAAGCAUACUAAAUAUGAUCAUGAGGGAGAGUGUAGUAAAAGACAUGAUUAAUUCUUUAUUAAUGAAUUCAAUUGUGAUAAGAGUAUCAAAAAACAAUAGAGAGAGAAGAAAUACAUUGAAGAGGCAAUAGGUUUAGUAUGAACCUAAUAAAUAUGUUAGCUUACAUCCAAGAUAAAUUGAAGGAAGUUGACAAGAUCUUAACUAAACAUGAAGAAUAAGUUGAAUAAUCUAGUAAACUAUAAGUAGCUGAUCGACCCAAAGAGAUCCAGGAUAGACUUGACAAUAUGGAAAGAUAGAUAAAUCUAUUGACAGAUUAGAGUGAGAAGAUGGGAGAAUAGGGUAAGAUUGAAGAAUCUGAAAGAUUAAUAAUGGAAGCAGAUAAUCUUAAAAAAGCAAGAGAAGAUGUAUUAUUAGCAUAUGAAGGUACUAAUAAUCCAUUCAAAACUUAUAAAAUAUGUGAAGUUUGUGGAGCUAGAUAAUCCCUCUAUGAAACAGAGAAUAAAGUCAAGUAUUUUACAUAUUAAAUAAUAGGACUCAUUUAGAUGGAAGAAUUCAUUAAGGAUUUUCUACUAUAAGGGUUGAAUUAUAAAAAUUAUAAUAAAGAAGAUUGCAAUUAGAAAAGAUUUUAGAGGAAGAAGCUAGAAAAUAAGAAUUUAAGGAGGAUAUUGCUAAAGAUGUUUAAUUUGAUAAGGAAAAAUUAAUAAAAGAAAAAAAGGAGAAAGAAAAAGAGAAAGAAAAAGAGAAAGAGAAAGAGAAAGAAAAAGAAAAAGAAAAGGAGAAAGAGAAAGAGAAAGAGAAAGAAAGAUCUAGAAGUAGAGAUAAUUCAAAAGAUAAGAGUAAAAAAAAAAGUAGUAAAAAGAAAAAAGAUAAAGAAAAAGAUAGAAGUAAAUCUAGAAAGCAUAAUAAGUAAAAAUAUGUAUUAAUAAAAUUUAGGAAACACCAUAAACAUUGA